CAAGAGCAACGACGACAACGAGAACAGCAACGAUAAUAAUGGGAAUGAUAAUUGCCGCAGACAGGCAUUUGAAAAAUUUCAAUUAUCCGCAAAUCGCAAUACGGAUUUUCCAAAAGUUGGCUUGGGAUUUGGUAGUACGGAGACGUUGACAAGCCAAAGCAACCAAUCAGCUGGUAGUAGUACCGACGGUCGAAAGUCUCGCGCGGAUUUCGGCAACACUCCGGAUUCUAUCGAUUAUAGUCAGAAAAAGAUAGAUCCACUGUCGCAAAAAAUUGGAUCCCUUCCUAUAACGUACUUUGGCACCGAACGUAACGGAGGUACGUGGCGAAGUGCGACUCAUCGAUUAUCCUUGAACGACACUGCGAGCCGAUGUUUCAAAUCGCUGCAGAGGAAAGGGACUCGUGGGAAGGAUGUGACGACGCAAAUAAUGAGAAGAACGUCGACCUCGAUGAUUUGGGAUGAAAUAUCGAAAUCAUUUGCCGAAGCAAAUGAGCAAAUCGAGAGAGACUUUCGUAAGUCAUUGCCGACAUUGUCGCAUUCCGAGUCCAUUAGCUCAAUAACUCGAGUGUCUAUCGAUGGUUCCGCCAUGGAUCUGCCUAUGGAAUCACAAUCUCACGGAAGAUUCAGUGACGAUUUAGGAAAAAUAUCAACCAUCACGGAGGAUCAACGGAAUGACGAUCAAGACUCGAAAUAUUUUGCGAGUUACGUUCGCGUUACCGAUUCCUCGGACGCUGAGUCCAAAAGUACCUCGCCUUUGAUAGUCGCGCAAUGCCGCGCAGAUAAAAAUAUCCCAACGUGUCUGGAUCUUAAUAACGUCAGACUGAAGCAUAGAAGCUACGAGGGGUUGGAGCAUAAUUUUUUACUUAAUAUUACGAACAAUGAGCCGCAAUCCUUUUACGAGUCUUGGCGAACAGUGGAGGUAGACUCGAAGAUUGAACGAAGUCGGGAGAAUCUUCUGAAGAAUAGUAGGAGCCUCUUGGAAUUAUCCUCUACAAUGUCACCGGCCAUUUUAUCGCCUCACAACCGUCGCGAAACAAAGAUCGAAAGAAUGAUAAGACGCAGAGGGCAGAGCUCGUUUAAUAAAUCAUGCACAGACCUCACUACCAUGGACGAUGACAAUAAUAAGCUUUUGUCGCCUAGACUUGUGGGUAAGGCACUCACGGGCUCGAAAGAAAGGAUCUUAGAUGACGGCGAUCGAGAUUGGAAGUCUGCGAUCGCCAGGACGUCACCGGAUAACAGCGCCGGAACUACGCUUCCGUCGGUCUACGGACCGAUACCGUACAAGUCACCCCGGCGCUACGUGGAGGGCGAGGUGACGAUCCACUAUCGCUCGCCGGUUCGCGCGGAGGCCAAGGAGCCGCUCAGCGAGGAGGAGUUGGCACGUCGCAGCGCCGAGAACAUGCGUCGCGUCUAUCAGGGAGAGCGUAGGCGCAAGUAUCUCCAGGAACUGCACGACAUCGAUUCGCGUCGGCACACCGACAACUUCAUACCGUCGGAAAAGUCUCCGAUCCCGCUGGACUUCAUCGACGACCUGAGCUACCGAAGCAGAUCGCAGGAGCAGACGCCGGAGCCGCGUCUCGUCGCCCGGGCGCUUUACAAUUUCGUCGGCCAGUCGCCCCGUGAGCUGACCUUCCGCCGAGGCGAUCUGAUAUUUGUGCGCCGCCAGGUAGAUAAGAACUGGUACGAGGGCGAGCACAAUGCCAUGGUCGGACUCUUCCCCUUCAAUUACGUCGAGAUUAUUCCGUACGAUGAAAUACGCACGCUACCAAAAAAACCGUACGAGGGUCAGGCGAAAGCAAAAUUCAAUUUUGUUGCUCAGACGAAUCUUGAAUUAUCUCUAGCUAAAGGUGAACUAGUGUAUUUGACUAGGAGAGUCGAUGAAAAUUGGUAUGAAGGUCGUAUUGGUGGCAGGAAAGGAAUAUUCCCCGUUUCCUAUGUCGAAGUCAUCAGUGAACCUGGUCACAGGCCUGAGACACCAAUUCAAAGCAAACCUGUUGCAUCCCCCGCUGCUCACAGCCUCUUGUCCAAUGGAACAUCGAGCGGGAAGAUGAGUAUGGGAUCCCAUCAUUAUUCGCCCUCUUUGCCAGUUAAUAUCAACACAAAUCAGCCCCAUUAUAAUUCACUGCCAAAAGGAGGUAGUAAAUUGCAUGUAGCACCAGUUAAUGAAACUUUACACAUUGAUACACACACCGAGCCUAUUCCGUAUCGCGCUCUCUACAACUACCGGCCGCAAAACGAGGACGAGCUCGAGCUCAACGAGGGUGACACGGUCUACGUGAUGGAGAAGUGUGACGACGGCUGGUACGUCGGAUCCUCCCAACGAACGGGCUACUUCGGCACCUUCCCCGGUAAUUACGUCGAGUGCUUGUGAGGUCGGCUCAAGUGCCGGGACCCGGAGCGCCUCAAGCCCUCCUAGGGUACGGCCCGGCGCUCGCGUAUCGUCGAGCGCAUCCUCGCGGCCUUCGUGCCCAGCGGCUUCGGCCGCUGCGGAACCGUCGACCACGAGCUCUGAUCGCGAGGACAUCACAUCGAUCAAUUAUCCAAAGAUAAUAGCACCCGCGCCGAUGCAUCGCCUCGCUGUAAGGAAUCGGGCAUCUUAUGUGCGCCUGCGGGGGACGACCUGGGGGCUCUUUUCCCGCGCGAAAGGUGAAUAUUCUUCGGGACAUUUAAUGCGACUUCGCUUCGAUUCUUAUCCCGCCACCGAGAUAUUUGAGCCAAAUCUCGAAAGCGCCGCCUUCUUGUAAUCUAUGAAUAUUGGCUUGAUACUACUGCG